AUGGAGCAGGACCGCCUAGCGAUCGAGAAUCCAAAGGGAUCUGGCCCGGUCGGGUUCAGUAGUGUAGUUGAACCAUUGCAGGUGUUAGAAAAAUUGAAGAAUUUUCUGUAUCUUCUUGGUAAGGAAAAGAUCCAGAAUUUGGGAGAAGUUGGAAGAACAACGGCACAGAAUUUGGGAGAACAUUCUCUCGGAAAGGAAGCGGUCCAGAAUUUGGAAGGAGGUCUUGGAAAGACGCUCCAGAAUGUAAGAGAAGAUCUUGGAAAGAAGGGAGAAGAUCUUGUUAGAAGUUUUCUUGAGGCGCUCACGAGCAAGCACGAAAAAGCCGGAAAAAGUGCGAACAAUACUUUGGAGGAACAGAGCGCAGACAAUACGCAGAAUGAGACCGACGAAAAGCAAAAUAAAAAAUCAACACAACCAUUGCGAGAAACAACGGUGAAGAAACGACAGGAAGCAGGUAGAGUAAAAGGAAGCUUAGCGCAGCAAUUUACAGAAGAAGCUGUGAGGACCGAAAGCCGUGCAUCCGAAGAGCGUGACGCAGCUGCUACAUUGAGAAAGGGAAAAAGCUCUGAGGAGUCUGCAUCGCGACUCCGUCAGGAGAGUGGAAAAGAUAAGCAUGAAGUGACUGCCUCACCAACUACAACUGCAAGAGAACGCUAAGAAGCACUGCGAAAAUUCUAUGAAUGCGUGUAGUACAGUUCCACAUUGUGCAGAUCUCUGUUGCAGGUUUUUCCCUAUAGGCAC